CGGAAUCACCUAUAGAAGCUCACGUGUACAGCGCUGCCUAUCAAAAAAGACUACAAACUCCAGAGAUACUUGCGGCAUCUCGCGCAAACGUCUGCAGUUGAAAGUGCCAAAGGCGUCCAAGCGGGAGGAAGUAGACUUCACUGGCUUGUUUCUUCCCUCGCAGACCCUUGAGACGACCUGGCCCCAGCGCAGCUAUGAACUUGGAGCGGGUGUCCAACGAGGAGAAGUUGAAUCUGUGCCGGAAGUACUACCUGGGUGGGUUUGCUUUCCUGCCUUUUCUCUGGUUGGUCAACAUCUUCUGGUUCUUCCGAGAGGCCUUCCUUGUCCCGGCAUACACAGAGCAGAGCCAGAUCAAAGGCUAUGUCUGGCGCUCAGCUGUGGGCUUCCUCUUCUGGGUGAUUGUACUCACCACCUGGAUCACCAUUUUCCAGAUCUACCGGCCCCGUUGGGGUGCCCUUGGGGACUAUCUCUCCUUCACCAUACCCCUGGGUACUCCCUGACAACUUCUGCACAGGCCUGGGAUCUGCUCAUUCUCCCAGGAUGGGGUCCUCUACUCUGAGCCUACUCUUAAGCCCCUAAGACUUGUUUCCAUGUAUGUUCUCUGCUGACAUUCCCCAAUAAAUAACCCUAAUUGUCUA